AUGAGAUUUUUCAAGUCUUUCAAUCUCCUCCAUCGCCGGACUAAAUCAGCUACUUUUGUGCCAGGUCUCUCAGCACCAAGUCUGGACUUCCCAGCAACUACAAAUAUCAGAAGCUCAUCGUUCACCAUAGGGGACUGUCACCGUAGUACUGCUCCGUUAUCGCUCUUUGACUUGGUCACCUCUAAUCCACCACCGAUCCCCGUCAACUUCAAUCACCUAUAUGACACGCCGUCGGAUCGCGUGCUAGGCAUCUGGCGCUCUCGUCGAAACAGCGACAAAAGCUCAUUAGCCAAUAUCCAAUCUUCAGUAAACAAGGAACUUGCACGACUUUCUGAAGCUGUCAAUUUUUGGAUCUCGGAAUAUGGAAAACUCCAGAUUUUGUUAAGGGACUGCCACGAGGAAUUGGUAGCUGAAAGACUGAAAUCCGCUAAACUUGAGCGAAUUAUUGAAGAAUUAAGGCACGAAAAAGCGAGCUUUGGUGUAUCUUUGGAUCUGAGUGCAGAUCAAUCUGGCGACACAAGUUUCACUAGAUUUUCUGGAGAUACGAGUACACUGCAGUCGCAAAAGAGCCAGGUCCUUUUGUACCCAAGAACAGGGUUACCAAGCACGUCUUCCGCCAGUGGUUCGGAUUCCUUAGGAGAGUCAAAGAAACCAAGGACCCUGGACGAAUAUUCUUCUGCUCUUAGAAUGACACUCGCGGCUCGGAAAGAGCUCCGAGACCAAAAGAAAAUCAGCAAGUUUUGGAAGAGAUUGGCUGUUGCCAUUGAGGAGCACCAGGACACGAUUACACCUUCUGUUUCAACAAUCUCGUCAAUUCGUGAGGUUAUACCUGCAGAUCGACAGGCCGCCGUUCAAGCCUUGAUGUCGCGCAGGGCCUUGUCUGCGAAACUUGCCGUGGAAAAUACUUCCAGGACCAUUGAUAGUGCUGGAUUGAAAUUACUAACCGACCGACAAACACCCACGGGGGCUGCCUAUACUCUUGAUACAUCUGCUUCUAAAGAGUCAGUAUUCUCCCGGCUUGAACCUUUGGCAAGCGAGUCAAUGAAGCAGGAGAUCAGUGUUCUUUUCGGUUCUGGUAGUGUUUCGAGGAGUUUGGCGUCGUCCAGCUCUCGGCGAAAUAGUUCGUUGGAAGCCUCUGGAUCUAUAAGUUAUACUGCAGGAUUGUCUCGACAUGCAAGCCAUAGUCUCAGCAUAGAAUCGUUUCAAGACAUUAGCAUGAUAUUCCAGAGAGCGUUUGGUGUGGAUACCAGUAGCUCCAAGUGUGAAUCGGCGGGUCAAUCUACCAAGGCUAGUGACUCAGCUUCAGCGGAUAUCCGCUUACCAGUUUCAAUGUCAAACAAGAAACUCAUAGCAUCGGCUUCGUCCACAUGUCUCCCUAUACCACCCCUCGUCUCAACUAAUUCCCAGGUUUGGGUGAACGUAGAUUCAACCAAUAUAAAGACGAACACAAGGCCACUAGGUGACUCUCGCCGAAAAAAUGACGCACCUCCUCAUUCAAUCAAGACUGCCAGCAAGGAAUGUACAUCGCGACGGUCAUGGCAUAGGUACAUGGCCAAGUCCUCUCCACAGAAAAGAAGAAGUGUAGAAGAUCAGCCACCAAGUUCUAGGGAAACAGGCGCGCUACAAGCAGCUGAAGGGAAGGAAAAUAGCGGAUUUUCAAUGUCGAUUCCUGCAUUCAAAAGGAGUUCUCGAUUACCAGUCCCAAGUCGGGCGUUAAAUGAGCGAAAUCCUUGUGUGUAG